AUGCUCCGCCGCGAUCCUACAGCCAUAACCCUCACCACCGAGGACGUGAGCGCCUACGAGAACCGCCGGGAAGAGGAGCAGAAGAUGGCAGAAGCCGAGUACCACGCCCAGAUGCAAGCCGAGAACGGUUCGCCCCAGCAACAGCAGAAGACACAAAAUAUGCACGACCCGAACAACGGGUCGAGAUCACAUCCUGGGGCGCAUACACAACAGGUCAAGACAAAGGCGGAGCGGUUGGGACUUGACCAGGGAAACGGGACGGGUUCACGAGGAUGA